UUAUUUUGAAAGUCACGCUCGAUGGGCACGAGCUGCUUGAGUCCUUGUAGUUGAGGUCAGCCGGAGACCCGCGUGAGCUACUGGGAGUCUGUGGAGGUACAGCAAGAAUGGUGAUGAAGAUAAGAAAGUUGCUAAGUCAUGGAUAGGCCGCCACAAUGACACAUGAGACCCUUACAAGCUCCCAGCUGUCUGUCAAGGCUGCUGCCCUGCGCAUGGUCGACUUGCCACUCUCCGUGUACAGCUCUCUGGCACAGGUGAGUGUCAGCACAGGCACCAAGAAGCUGGUAGCAGCCACUGCCUUUGGCGCUGCUUCGCUUCUCUUCCUUGCACGCCACUUCCAGAGGAGGAAGGGCAGAAAGAAGGCUCUCUCACCUCAGUGGGAGCAGGAUGGCUUUGAGCUUCUCUCCCCGGCCUCAGCAGAGAACGAUAACACCAGUCAAAACAUCACUCUCUCCCUCAACUCCAAGAAUGGCUACUCCUCUGGUCUGGUUGUCGCCACAGGAGACUACAGAAAACUGCCUGGGUCUCUGCUGAACCUGGCCUCGGUAAAAAGCAUGAACUCAUCCAGCAGCAGUACCUGCGCAAAUGAAUCCACCUGUUGGGACAGAGUGGGGGAAGCUGAUGUCUGCAGUGUGGUCAACUUACCUGUCACCACACCUGAAAACCUGUACCUUAUGGGUAUGGAUUUAUUUGAGGAGGCCCUAAGGCGGUGGGAGGAAGCGUUGACAUUCAGGAGCAGGCAGGGCGAGGACGAUGCCAGCUGUGCAUCUGUCAAAACAGAAGCUGGAGACGUCAUCGCUGAGCGGAGCAUGGAGGGCGUCAUCAGCACAGAGUUCACCCACAGGCUGAAGUCUCUGCUGCAGAGGGCUUAUAGCCUCCAGGAGGAGUUUGAGGGAGUGUUGUGCAUGUCAGAGCCCUCAUCCCACAGCAGCAGUCACGAGAAAAUGGCAGACCUUUCGGCCAGAGAGGAGCUGGACGACGCCUGUCUGAGAGACAGCAUCAGCAUCGCCUCCACUGACUCAUUUGUGUCUGCUGCUGAGCUGUCGGAGCACAGAGAGCUGAGGAGUGUCUUCCCUCUCGGUCAUCACCCUUUCUACGAGGAGGCCCUGCAGAUGGCCGAGGAUGGCAAGAUCUCCUGCAGGGUGCUGCGGACAGAGAUGCUGGAGUGUCUUGGGGACGUAGAUUUCCUGGCCAAGUUGCACUGUGUUCGGCAGGCAUGUCAGCUCAUUUUGUGCGAGAGAACGACCAGGAUGUUUCUGGCUGACACAGGAAAGAAAAUACUGUCUUCCAUUAUUGUUAAAGCACAGAAGAGCCCAAAGAGAUUCGAAGAAGAGUUUGAGGAGAUGAUUUCCUUCCUGGAGCACACAGAGCACUGGGAAAACACAGAGGUGGAGCUGGCCACACGAGGGGUGAAGCACUUGAAUUUCUAUGACAUAGUGCUGGACUUCAUCCUGAUGGACUCAUUUGAGGAUCUGGAGAAUCCACCAAUCUCCAUCCUGAACGUGAUCAACAACCGGUGGCUCAACAGCUCCUUUAAGGAGACGGCGGUGGCAUCUAGCUGUUGGUCCGUUAUGAAGCAGAAGAGACAACACAUAAAGGUCCCUGAUGGCUUCAUUGCCCAUUUCUACGCUGUGUGUGAACAGAUCAGCCCCGUUCUGGCCUGGGGCUUUCUGGGGCCCAAGAGUUCCCUGCACGACCUAUGCUGCUUCUUCAAGGAUCAGGUGCUGUACUUCCUAAAGGACAUUUUUGACCUGGACAAAGUACGUUACUCUUGUGUGGAGAGCCUCGCAGAGGACAUGCUCCACCUGUUACACCGCCACUCUGAACUAUUGCUGGCGUACCUGGGAGCAGACUCCCUGCUGCACGUCACCAGCUGCAAUCCUCCCCAGGUCCAGCUAAUGCCCAGUGCCCUGCUGGAGGCGCGAGUGCAGUGAGGAGAGCCAGGGUCAUCAAACGCCAUACACAGAAAUCGCAGAAUUUAUUCGGCGAGUUCACGCCAACUGUCGGACCGAUCACAUCUCCUAUCCUAUUUAUGUAUUUGAGGAGCCAUAUAAACUGUACAAGCUGUCUGCCUUCACACUGGAUCAUUAUCUCCUCUCCCCAGCCCCCUUCCAUUGUGCCAUGGCAGUGCACGUUAGUCUUAAAAUAUCAUAGCAAUAAUGUGUAAAUUAAUCUGCUGAGAGACUGGCAUUAAUUCUCUUGCAGUAGAUAUUUCGCUGUAUAAAUUAAGGCAUAUUUAAUGCAGUUAAGAGCACUGUGUGUGAAGAAAAUGUACUUUACAAUAUUUAUUUUACUAUACAGCUACAUUUUAUUUUUUAGAAGAUGUAGUUUUACAUGUACGCAUCAAUGGAUUUGUGAUCAGCUUCAAACAUGCGUUAGUAUGAAUACCAGUGUUGUAUUAACAUCCAUCUUAAUGAGCAUCAGCAAUGCAAAACCAUUAAAUGUACUUGUUUGUUAUAAGCAUGUUGCACAGGAAGUCCUUGAACAAAGACAGAGAAAUCUAAAAUGUGUUGAUUGGAGUCACAGGGUCAGACUAUAAGUUGCUUUUGUGGCCCCCAGACUCAAACCUUCAAGCAAUAUUUAAAAUGAAGCCUGGCACAUGCAUCUUACAAGGCCCUAAUCCCCUUCAUACCACCAGCUACAGGAAAUAAAAUAUACAACAGUAUUGCAUAAUCCUACAGCUGUUAAACAAGUUGUGCCACACAGUUUUCAUGACAUGCAAACGCACAAGCUGCCUUAUCAUCAAUGGACAUAUUAAAGCCUUUAUCAGAGUGUCAGUCUGAAAAACACUGCAAUGCAAAUUGUCUGCUCUACUGUUCAGUCACUGCCGUGUACAGAACAUGCGCAACAUGAGCACUUUCAGCAGUGAAGUAAAACUAUACUGAAAAUGAGUUGAAUCCAAAAAGCUAGAUGCAUAUUAAUGAGCGCUUUUGCUUUAAGUAGUAUUUCUACACGGUAUUGUUACUUAGAGCCAAGUUCUGUAUAAGAAUGCAUACUGACAUUCAGCUGAAAGCCAAUGAGGCCACACAGUCCGAGUUCUGUCUUAUCAAGCAGUUCUUCAGUUUGUUUUGGGUUUUUUUUAUACCCUCAAAAGUCUUGGUUUCCCAUACAGCUGUAUUUCAGACUGAUGAUUGGACAAAAUUUUUCCCCAUGGGCUCUAGCAACAUGGGCUGGGAUUUGUUUAAAAUAUAUAGAUCAAAAUGACUAAGAAAAUAACGGCAUUAAUGGAAAUUACUGAACUGCAGUCGCCAUAGGUGACACAGAAGGUCUCCAACUUUGGAAGAUCCUCAUGUUAAAACGGACCAGAAUCGGGGAUUGACUUGUCUUUAAUCAUAAUCUCAUUAGAAAAAGGAUCGAUGUAGGGCCAGUAGCAGCAGGUUUUUCAAUGUACAGAUGAGCAUGAGUAUUGUUUUAAACCAGGUGGCUCUUAUUUUAGCAACACAGGGAAGAAGGUUUUAAAUUUGAGUUUACAUUGUGUGUAUAAAUUAAGCAAAUAGACUGUUCUCUAUAAUGUAAAAUAAAACUUCAAGUCCGGUUA